UUCCUCUGCAAACUAGAAUGUCUGCCUUCUGUGCUGCUGCUGCAGGAAUUUAUGAACCAGAGAUUUUUAAGGGAAACGUUCCUGAGGAGAGAAUUUUGAAAUAUUUAUAGCAUCCCUUGUGCAAGAAUGGUGGUUGUGACAAGGAACCUAUUGAUGACCCAGUCAGUGAGAGAGCUGGUGCCAAGACAAUUUACCUCUCCACCAGCUACGCUCUCCGUCUGAGAGUCGUCCUUGGAGGAGCACAGCUGCUGCAGGCUGGGGAUGUGAUGGGGUGACUGCUGACAUCCCCCUCACCCAUCCCCUCUCUCUCUUUAUUAAAACUGUAACAUAAACAAUGGAUCAGAAUUUCUCAACGGUUCGAGAUGGAAAGCAGCUUACGCCAGAGAGAGACUCCUCGAAACGUGUUCUGACAGGAUGCUUUCUCUCCCUGCUCAUCUUCACCACGCUGCUAGGCAACACCCUGGUGUGCGCUGCCGUCACCAAGUUCCGACACCUGAGGUCGAAGGUCACCAAUUUCUUUGUCAUCUCGCUGGCCAUCUCUGACCUCCUGGUAGCUAUUUUGGUAAUGCCAUGGAAGGCAGCGACAGAGAUUGUGGGGUUUUGGCCAUUUGGUGCAUUCUGCAACAUGUGGGUGGCAUUUGACAUAAUGUGCUCCACUGCCUCCAUCUUGAACUUGUGUGUGAUUAGUGUCGAUCGUUACUGGGCCAUUUCAAGCCCAUUCCGCUAUGAACGCAAGAUGACCCCUAAAGUAGCGUGUCUGAUGAUCAGUGUGGCAUGGACCUUGUCUGUCCUCAUCUCCUUCAUUCCUGUUCAGCUUAACUGGCACAAAGCUCAGACCACCAGCUAUGUCGAGCUAAAUGGAACCUACCCUGAUGAUUUGCCCCCUGACAACUGUGACUUCAGUCUUAACAGGACCUAUGCCAUCUCCUCCUCCCUUAUCAGCUUCUACAUCCCCGUGGCAAUUAUGAUCGUCACCUACACCCGGAUCUACCGUAUCGCCCAGACACAGAUAAGGAGAAUAUCUGCUUUGGAGCGAGCAGCAGAGAGUGCCAAAAACCGACACAGCAGCAUGGGAAACAGUUCAAACAUGGACAGUGAGAGCUCAUUUAAAAUGUCAUUCAAAAGAGAAACCAAAGUCUUAAAGACGCUCUCUGUCAUUAUGGGUGUGUUUGUGUGCUGCUGGUUGCCCUUCUUCAUCCUAAACUGCAUGGUUCCAUUCUGUGAAACACACAUGCCAGAUGGAUCCACAGAAUUCCCCUGCAUCAGCUCCACCACCUUUGAUGUGUUUGUGUGGUUUGGCUGGGCAAACUCUUCGCUCAACCCAAUCAUCUAUGCCUUCAAUGCCGACUUCCGCAAGGCCUUCUCCAUCCUCCUGGGUUGCCAUCAGCUGUGCCCGGGGAGCAACGCCAUUGAGAUCGUCAGUAUUAACAACAAUAUGGGUGCUCCUACCUCGAACCCCAACUGUCAGUAUGAGCCCAAGAGCCACAUCCCAAAGGAGGGCAACAGCUCAGCAAACUAUGUGAUUCCUCACAGCAUCCUGUGUCAGGAGGAGGAAUUACAGAAGAAAGACGGAAGUGGAGGGGAGGUCGAGGUGGGCGUGGCAAACAACACCCUUGAGAAACACUCACCAGCCAUCUCUGGGAAUUUAGACAGCGAUGCUGAAGUCACCCUGGAAAAGAUCAACCCCAUAACACAGAACGGACAGCACAAAGCCAUGACAUGUUGAGAAAAGGCAAAGGUGCAUUGAAAUUCAGUGAGGCAUGCACGUAUGCACAAAGGCAAGAAACGAUUACACAGGAGGACAGCAAAAACAAACGGCAGAGACACAUGUCUAUAGGAACAAGAAACCAGUGAGUGUGUUAUACAAGUCCUUAAGACUGUCAAAAAAACCUACAUGAAAAACCUACAGAAUGUUUUAAAGUACAGGCACUUUAUCCUGGAUAUAACUAUCUGCAAAAUAUAUUCAGCAUUUAUUGAUGACAUUGACACAUUUGAUGAUAAAUGUUGAUAAUGUGAAUAUUAACAGCAGAAUACUACCUAUGGGCACAUGUAUACAUUUUUUUUUAGUUUUUGCAAAAAUGUAUACAUCUGCAUGUGUAUACUGUACAGUGAUGACACUAUUCUGGAGGGAUUCAAACACAGUAUAUACAGUGGGAGAAAAUAUAGUAUUAGUAAAAUAUCUUGUAGGUAGGUGCUUUGUAUGUGUUUCAUGAAAAAGCAAACAAAGUGGGUAAAUUGGUUUUGCUACAGUAUUGUUAGUCAGCUAUUGCAGUUUUUUUUCCUUUAGCACAUUUCUAAUGACAGCGGAAGCAAAAUCGCUAAAUUCCAGUGGCAGUUUAUUUGAAGUAAGAACAAAAAAUACUGAUACCAAAGCAACACUGUUCUGAUUACAACUAAAACCAACAACAGAGUUUGAUGCUGUAAGCCAAAUUGUCAAAAAUUUUUAUUCUUAACUCAUCCUCCCACCUCUGCAUCACCCACUGUUAUCCAAAUGAGGUGUACUUGAGAGAGAAAGAGACGAGGAAAGUUCCUGCCUUUUCUUUUCUUUGUAUGCUGAUCUUUCUUCAGCCAGCUGGGACUGACCUGAAGUUUCUUCCAUUUCUACUCCUUACUCCCUGUUUUCAUUGGCUUUGCCUCCCGUCAUCCAUUCUUCAGUGAAACCUCUUUGGAGUUUCUUCUCAUCCCCUUCCCCCUUUCACGCUGCCCUUAUGUCUUGAGUAAUGCCAAGCGCCUCUCUCCUUCCUCCACUCUUCUCCCUGUUAGUUUAGUCCUUCACACCUGCACCGUAUCUUCUUUUUAAUUUCAUUUUGUCUGCACCAUUGUUUUUGGCAGCCCUCCGUUUUAACCCCCUCCCCCCGCCACCACCAUCCAUUUAAAGUGGUGCUUGUGAUUCUAUUCUUGGCAAAUGCCGUCAGCCCAUAAUUAAAAAAAGAUUGUAAAUGUGUAAAACUAAAAACUGCACUUGGACAGAGAGGGUAGAGCAGCAGCUACUAAGUCGACUCAGCCGUAAUGCAAGUGACUUUUACUGACCUUUUCUAAGCUUGCAGAUAUAUGAUUUUGUAAACUGCUCGUUCUGCAGCUUGACAGUAUCUCUCUGUGCAGAGUCAAGUCUGAACGCAGUUAAAUUUGAAAACUAAACAUUAAUUAUAAUUUAUGUAGGACUGUGGAAGUAAGAAAUCUUAUAAGACAGUUUUCAUUAGUGAGUGCUUCUGAUGUGCUGCCAUCCAUUUCCCGUUGUCAUGUUUUUGAACAGCUCUGCUUUUUGCACCAGUUAGACUGACUCCAUAAGGUCCAAUUUAGCACUAAAUCAGUCUGAACUUUGCUAAUAUCUUAGUUAGCCUUAGCUACAUUAAAAGAUAGUAUUGAUUAUACCAGUGCAUGCCAAUGCCAACGAUCACUUAAGAGUGUAGUAGCAAAACUAAGCAAACAAAAAGUAAGUGUUAAGGUUCAAAUAUUGGGGAUGGAGA